AUGAAGGUUUUAAGCUUUCUUCUAAUUUUAAUUUCAUGCUCGAAUUAUUCAACAAGUUAUCAAAUUCUUGGCAUACUUCCGUUUGAGACUAAAUCACAUUUUGCGAUUGGAGAGUCGAUAAUGAAAACUUUGGCUGAAUUUUUCCAUAAUGUGACUGUCGUGUCGCCUUAUCCGCAAAAUCAAGAGCUGCAUUUUUUCAAAGAUGUGAGCAUUGCUAGUGCGGAAUGGAAUGGUGAAUAUGUGGAAGCUGAAGUUCCAGCCUUUUUAAACCUCGAGAAACCAGAAAUAAUUCCAAGCCUCAAAUUUUUGUAUCAAUCCGGUGAAGAAACAGUGAAUUAUGUGAUGUCACAUCCAAAAAUUAUAGAACUGAUAGAAAGUGGCCAAACUUACAAUGCAUGUAUCAUUGAAAAUACCCAUUUUGAGGCUUUACAGGGACUAGCAGAAAUCUUCGACUGCAUCUUGAUCACAUACACAACAUAUCCUUCAGUUUAUCUACUCGAUAGAAUGGCUUCCAGCAUAUCACCAACAUCUUACGUGCCAAACUCAUUCCUCGAUUACACCCACAAAAUGAAUUUCCAUGAAAGGUUCCUAAACACAUUCAAUACACUGGUUGAGAGAAUAUUUUAUGAAUUUUAUCACCUCCCAAAUCAGCGUCGGCUUUACCAGAAAUAUUUUCCUAAUGCUCAGCGGUCAUUUGAUGAUGUCUACAAGAAUUCAUCCUUAAUAUUUGUCAAUGAUAAUCCAGUAAUUUCAUCGCCACGUCCAUUGACACCUAACAUGAUCAACAUUGGUGGGAUUCAUGUAAGGCAAGCAGAUCCAUUAACAGCAAAGCUUCAAAAGUUUUUAAACAAUGCUAAGGAUGGAGUUGUCGUGUUCACGAUGGGCUCUAAUUUGCAAGGAACUGAUUGGGACGAAGAACAACGCGAAGCUUUCUUGAAGGCUUUUGGGAAGUUAAAGCAGAAAGUUUUAUGGAAGUAUGAAGAUGAACUGCCAAAUAAGCCUAAAAAUGUCAAGACAAUGAAGUGGUUGCCACAAAGAGACAUCCUAGCACAUCCAAAUGUAAAGCUUUUCAUUACUCAUGGUGGACUGCUAGGAACAUUUGAAGCUGCAAUAUCUGGAGUUCCAGUUCUAGGAAUUCCAAUGUUUGGUGAUCAAAGAAUGAAUGUCGCAAAUGCAAUUUUACAUGGAAAUGGCUUAAAACUUGAUGCUGCAGAUAUAACAGAAGAGAAUGUCUCUAAAGCUCUAAAUGAGCUUUUAAACAAUCCAAAAUAUUCAGAAAAUGCUCAGCACUUGUCAAGCAUGUACAAAGAUCGAACAAUUCCAGCAAAAAUGCAAGUUGUUUACUGGACGGAAUACGUCAUUAGGCAUAAAGGCGCACCUCAUUUAAGAGUUGAUGCUAAUCACUUAAAUUUGUUACAGUUGUACUCACUUGACGUUUAUUGUAGCUUUGCAGUCAUUAUUGCAGCUAUAAUUUAUGUAAAUUAUCUUUUGAGUAAAGUCAUUUGUAAGAAAUUAUUCAGUUCAAAAGUUGUGAAGGAGAAGAAGCAGUAA